AUAUUUUAAUUUCCUAAUAUUCCGGCUACAAUAAAGCAUUUCUGGCCGUUCCAGUGGGUAAUUUGAACUCUUCUACAUGCUUCUGGGCUACUUUUGACAGCUAGCCGAGGCGCGGAGCUCACAUGUACGUUGCUUGCGCAUGUGUGCGAUGUAUCCUUCCUUACGCUGCUGGCUGCUCGGGGCUCAAAUCUGGCGUUACUGUCAGUGACUGGUUACCUAUAGUUAUCAGCGUAAACAGCGAUUCCAAAUGGGCCACAUGAUUACUCAUCGUGUUCACUCAUGAUCGAGUACAGCGGGUGUUGCCCGCGUGUAUUGCGUUAUCGCGCGUUAUCGUCAAUCACGGUCGUGCGAUACGUCAGUGAGUGCGAGUCACAACACGGCGUGCAAGUGACAGCAAGCGUUCCUGCAGCGAGUGAUGCCCCGCCUGGGCGCAAUUAAGCGCCUCCUAAACAAUUGUCCCUAAUUCUGCCUUUGUGUCAAUUUAUGCUCGCACAAUUAGACAUUAAUUAAUCCGUCUGCGAACGCGAGGAAACACCAUCGCGUCACGCAGGCGAGGCAUAAAGCGAGCAGCAAGGAGACCGCGUCCUUAUGGGUGGAAUCUCGUCGUUGUCAGUUGUCGCGGUCGAUCAGGAUGUCUGAGAACGUUCACAGCAAGGAGCAGUGGCAGCUCCUCCAUAACCUACGUUCCACCGUGGAGGGUUUGUUGAUCGACGGCGUGUCAAACGUGUGGAAUGUUUACGGCGGGCUGAAUCGAUUGCACAAUGCUAUGGAACGGAUUUUCAAGCACGGCUGUCGCAUAUUUGAUCCCAAUGGUGAGCCAGAUUGCUGGAUUUUUAUUCAAGGACUGAAUUGGCUUCAACCUUCUUUAGCGACAUCGCCGAUAUUAUCGGAAAACGAGGAAUAUUUAUGCAACUUGCCAACUAGAAUAACAUCUAAGAAAGACAUGUUGUGGCUGUACAAAAGUUUAGAGAGCCACUCUCUGUCGCACAAAUUAUCAUGGCUUUUGUCUGAUAAAGAGCAUCUACUUUCUUGCCUCGAACCAUGGGCCUUUCUUUGCCAAGAAAAUCUGGCGGAAGCAACGCUACUGUAUCUAAGAGCAGUCGAGAGGAAUCAGCCUGUGCUGCUCGCAGAGAUUGAUCCUUGUUUAUUUCUGCCGACAUGGGUGUCUCCUAAAGCAAGCCCCAGGCGACAUCGCCGCUCGUCUUCGUACCCGGUGAACUUCUCCGGCGCCAGUCGCGUCUUCGCGCGAGACAAGAGCGCAAGUGUUUUUAAAGAAUGCCAGCUGGAUCAGCUGAAAACCUCGAUGCAAUCAGUGUCGUGUGACACAGACUGCAUAAUCGGCGAAACGUCAAAAUCCGUACAAAUCACCAUUGAAGAUAACGCGAAAAGCGACUCCAAGCACAAAGAUGCACCCUUGAAAACGUGGAACAGCCUGCCCGUUCUGGUAAAAAGCGCGGUUGCUGUGGAGAAUUCAGCCACGAUCUCAUCGUCUCUUCAGGAGAGCAGCGGCAGUAAUCGUCCUCGCACGAUCGAAUUGGCGGAGAUUAUCAACAUCAAUUAUUCAGAUUCGAAGCAACCUGUCGACUCGAAAGUCGACAAGCCGAUAACGAAGCCAAAGACGCCCGUUAGAAAGACGAGGAGCCGAACGAAGGCGCGGCAUAGUCAGAUCAGACAAAUCUCCUCCGAGGAUCCAGAGGACGUCUUGAGUGUUCGGGAAAACGCUAGAAGCGCCGGCGAGACGUGGCCGAUCGGCGCAACGGCGCGGCUCUCCGCGAUGACGGAAUCGACAGAAGCGCAGCUCGACGCGACGGAGCCGCGAGCGACGCGCCGCAAAACGUCCUUCCUGGCGGGCUCCGCGCCAGAGUUCACAGGCCCGUGGAGCCUGGUGGUGGAAUCCGGUCAGAAGGACAUCCGCACGCCGCGGAAAAGCUUCAUGGAGGACGGCGGCAGCAGCGUGCAGCCGAUGGCGACGGGCUACUUCCCGCGGCCCGCCGAAGGCCAGAGCCUCACCAGCUUUCUGUCGUCGGCGCGCUUCUCGCGCGCCCACGACGCCGAGCUCGAUCGCGAGAACGCGCACUUCAGCGUGUGCGAGGCGAUGAUCGCCGCGAUCGAGCAGAUCAAGUGCAAUCGACUGGAGCGCCGAUUAUUGGACGUGGACGCGGGCGCCGAUGACGAAAGUGACGAGGAGAUCAACCGGCUGAAGCAGCGGAUCCGGCUGCGACGCCGGCAGCGUCAGGAAGAGAAGUGCCGCGGUAGAGGCUGGAGCCGCGGCGAUCUAUUGAGCGACGGCAGAACCGACACGACCACCACCACGGAUCAAAGCGUCAGUCCGUUGUCCACGUCAUCGAGCGAUCCGUCAGACAUAUUUUUGUCGACGGACGUGGAGGACUCCGAGUUAGACGACGAGCGGAGGCUCAGGAACAGCGGUGUGCGCGGAUCAGUCGCGUCGUCGUUGCACUCGGACGCGGAGUUGCGCGGCCAAACGAGGCAUCACAUUACAGACUCGACGCUGAGCGAGAGCAGCGUGUCCGCUGAAGGUGUGGCGUUGUCGCUGAUCAGCCGCUUUAGCGAGAAGCAGCUGCCGCGCGCGAGCGAGUUGCAGUGGCUGGUCUCGGAGAAGGACGCACCGCAGCGGUUGCUGCCGAUGCCGAAGAGCUGGCCCGUCAGCCCGGACGAGGUCGAGAUCGAAGACGCGCGUACGAUUCCGCUGAGAGGCACGAUUGAAUGGGCUCCGCCGCGACCGCAGAUCAUCUUCACGCCUCAUCCGCCGCCGAUGAGGCGGACGCUGAUAGCGAAGCAGAAUUACAGAUGCGCCGGUUGCGGUAUGAAGGUUGCGGUGAAAUACGCCAAUCGAUUUCGAUAUUGCGAGUACCUGGGGCGAUAUUUUUGCACGGGUUGUCACACGAACCAGGUGGCGUUUAUACCCGGAAAAAUCCUGUCCAAAUGGGACUUCAACAGAUAUCCCGUGUCGAACUUCUCGUACAGACUGCUGGACCAGAUGGUGUCGGAUCCGCUGUUUCAAGUGAACGACCUAAAUCCGCUAUUGUACAGACGCAUAAAGCAAUUGGACAAAACGAGAGUCUUGCGCACGAAGUUAUUCUUCUUAAAAGAUUUCUUAUUCACGUGUCGAUUCGCGACCAGUGUUCAAGAUGUGCUGAAGAAGGAGCCGAAUUACAUCAUAAGCGAUCCACACGUGUAUUCAAUUCAGAAUUUCAUAGACGUCAAAUUGAGUGUAUUGUCUGUCAAGCUGCAAGAACUCGUUCAAGUUUGCUGCGCGCACGUUGUAGAUUGCGAGUUGUGUCAAGCUAGAGGAUUCGUUUGUGAGCUGUGCUGUUCCAAGGACAUCAUAUUCCCGUGGGAUCUGUCGAAGGUGGUGCGAUGCAGCAAGUGCGGCGCGUGCUUUCACAUAAGCUGCAAGCACGGCUCCAAUAAGCUCGAGUGUCCUCGAUGCACGAGGCUGCACGCGAGACGACUUUCGAGGGACGAGAAGGCCUGACGAACGACGAGGGCGUUUUUCAUCGCGCCAUUCAGAGUGGGAUACGUGUAUUAAGAACAGCCUACCUUCGAGUCGCGAAUCCCCUCCCAACUUAUUAUCUCAGACAAUGCGAAACUCUUUUGCGAGGAUUUCUCCAAUGAUCUUGCGAUAACUCGCUAAUCAAUUUACAUUGCCGAUCUCCGAUUUAACUUAAACCCGGGAGGGAUUCCCGACGUUCUUUGAUAUACAUUGUGUCAAUUCGAUAGAAAAUAUAUACGUAUAAUACAUAUUUAAAAAAUCGACGAGACACGUUCUUGAAUAUAUAUUGCGCGCAGAUAAUUUACUGUAAUAAAUAUCACGCAAAAUUUGUUUACGAUGAUCACUCAACGGUUCGAACUUAACUCUAAUUUUUUCUGACGUUUUUUCGACGUAGAAAAAUGUGAAUUAACGGACGUAAAUCAAGCAGAACGUCAAUAACGCGUAGUAAUAAUCUAACUCGGAGAAUACAGCCGAAUCUUUCUAAUUUUAAUCUCUCAACAUGGUCUCACACGAUCGCGAAAUAAAUACGAAAUAAGCAGGAAAAGUCAAUUUCACAGGGUAUUUGAUUAUAAAUGCAGAAUAGUUUAAAAUGGGGAGAAAAGGAUUAAAUUUAGAAGAUUUCGAUUGUUCUACUUGUGCCUCAGUCUCGAAAAAAGGAAUAUCGAGUGAACGAGACGUAAAUUAUAGCGAAGACUGAAGCAUUGUGAUAUACGCCUGAUAUACGCAUUUGAUUUAGUUUCUUUUUUGAAUAAAAAAGUGAUACGGCGACAGGACGUUUAUUCGGACUUUGUUUGGAUGCUGCUUGGAGACUUAAUCUGUGAAAAAUCUUAAAAUAUAUAAUUUAUCAAAGAAUGUAGAGCAGCAUUCACGCAUUCUUUACGAGCUAUUUAAAAAUGUUGCAUUUCGCAAUAAAUUGUUAGUUUUUUUUUUUCUUCUAUAAAAUGCAAUGUUUUGUUCAAGUAGUUAUAGCUGUUGCAUAUUCACAAUAGUUGCUCUUUUCGAUAGAGAUUUGUAUAGAGAUUUUAAAAUGUAUUUAUACAUAUUUAUUCGAGCGUAGCGAACAUUUAACUACGGAAAGUAUUAUUUCUUUGUAAUCACUUCGUAAACGGCAAUAAAAUAAUCUCAAGUCGGCAGGAAUUUUAGAGAAUACUGUCGGCCAGUACAAAUAGCGUAGAAUUACUAUUUUAGCGUGUAAAAGUCGUUUAUAGUAACAAUUCUAAUGAGUAUGUACCUGAUUUUCACCGACACUUAAACUAUGUACAUCUAUUUAUUUGUGAAGAUAUUGUUCAAACGCGCGCAUUAUCAAGGGCCACUAUUUCCAACAUCGGUUAACUUUAACCGAUGAAGUUCCAAUUUGUCGACAAAGUUAUCAAUAUGAGCGAAAUAUUGUCAUUAAAGAAAAAAGUUUAAAAUUUUUUUCUCCUGAUGACAAUAUUUUAUUUUUUUACGUUAACUCUGUUAAUAAAUUGGAACCGUUGAUCCAACGUUAACCGACGUUGGAAAUAGAAUAGCCCUGAAGAUUCUCAGAGCAAUUCAUUUCUGUUAUAUUUUCUUUCAAAACAUGGUUCUAUAUUACAUAUAAAUUCUUAAUACAAUUAUGAACAAAAAACUUUAUAAAGAAACAUGUAAAGUGUAAAUAAAGUUAACAUCGAACUCAAACGGCUAUGAUUGAUGUACAAACCAGUUUACUUUCAGAUGAGAAAUUCAAGAUUCGGAAAUGCAAUUUCUCCGAUAGCAACGAUAAAUCAGACGUCCACUCUUUGCGGCAGUACAAGUCAAGUCAGAAAUUCUAUUUUAAACAACAAAUGUCUUAGCAAAACAAUUUCCACGAGCAACUCCACGGCUCCGUGUGUGUACUGUUUCUGGUUUAUCGUUGACUUGUGCUACCUGCACGUUUUGUAGAAAUUGUUGCAAAAAUAAUUAAACAAUCAUUCGACGGUAAUGCAUGAGCAACAAGUAAAAACUAAUCGGUGCUAGUCGAGACGCGCUAGAAAUGAAAUAGUGCGCAACUUUUCAUAACUUUUUAUUACAUCUCGUUUAGCGCGCAUGCACACAUCUAUCUGUAUCCAGGAAUAGAGAUAGAUCUUAUGUUAUGAUCCCUAAUAAACUUGGUACAUCGGCAGUAAAAAAAUAUAUGACUGAUUAUAUACAUUAGCUUAAAAUUUAGUGCUAGCUUUAUGAUCGCGCAACAAGACAUUUUUGUGUAAUGUUUAAUAUAUAUUGGUCACAAUCAAUUCAUUCCGAAUUUGUCCUAAUUAAUCAUGCAUGUGUAUAUAUAUCUAUAUAUGUAUAUGUACAGGUGCGAAUUUGCGAUUGAAUAAUAUGUACAGUAAUUUACUUAGAUUCUCCGUUGCUGAGGUAACUAAAAGUCUACCAAGAAUCGACGUUUCCGAAGAUGCGUAUUGAGAUAAGGCUUUGUCGAAAACAGAAAAUAUUAUACACAAGCAAUCAGUGCAAACGUAAGUACGUAUACGGGGUAGCCAUAAAAUUCCCUUAUUCCUUGUUUUCUCAUAUAAUUAUCAAAUAAAUUAUACUAAUCGCCGUAUGUGGAAUGUCAUUUUUAUUUCACUUUUAUAUUUUCUCAAGAAAAACUGAAAAGAAUGUCACACAGAAUUUGAUCCACCGGGAUCAAUUGUUGCUUUGUUAUAUUUUAUUUUUUAAAUAUUUUUUUUAUAUAUAUUAAAUUUCCUUGUUAUCUCGCAUACAUUUCAAUAUUUCGUUUCAUAUUUCUUCGCAUUGUUAUAAAUAAAUUAUAAUAAUUAUAUAAAUACAAUAUAUCGUAAGAGUGCCAAAUAAUGGGAAUUUUGCCAGUUAAGGCAAAAGGAUGAGAUAAGCCUGUAAUUUGUACGAUGAUAUCUCAGAUAAUCGCCUCCGAAAUGGAAUUUGCAAAUUACGGAUUUAUUUCGUCCUUACCGAGCUCUACGAGCUCUUCAAUUUUACAUUACGGAUAACAGGAUUUUGUGGCCGCCCUGCAUGUAAAAAAACAUAUUUGACACACACACUCAUCAUUCUUUCGAUUUUGUGACAAUAUUGAUAUCACAGGUGGUCUUUUUAUUCGCUUCGACGGUUAUCUAAAUGUUUCGGUGAAGAAAGUACACGUCACUCACAGGAGCCUUGUGAUACAUCGCGUCUUGAAACGUCGGAAUCUGUCAAUGUAGUGAACUAAGUCUUUUUUUGAAUUACUAUCACAUUCAACUUUGGCACACGUGAGACGUUUAACUUAAUUUUUUUUGCUUCUUGAACUUGAGUAAUCGAUCAGGUGCACCUUUGCUCUAAACAAUCCUAGUAUUUUAAGCAGACGCACUCUCUGUGGAACCAUAGUGACAAUUUGAUGGCGUGAAUAUCGAUAGUAAUCGCUCGAAAACUGAGCACUCGCGAUUUUCAACGGAGAAGGAAAACCUUACUUCGCUAAAUGUACAAAACAGGAGCUUAAAUCGUAUCUAGCUGAAUUGCCAUAACGUACACAGCUAAAUUAGUAUACUGCUAAGUAUAAUUAUCUUCUAAGAUCUCAUCAUGUCGAUUUUUUUUUAUUUCUCGUAUCGUCGGAUAAUUCCGCGACGGAAAUUUCGGUCACUUUCGAUUGUAACAAUCAGGAAUCCGAGCAAUUUCUCAUCCCGAGCGUAAAUUUUAUCAGCAGCUUACACAAAGCGCAACAACGAUGUAUAACAAUGCGCCACACCAUUUUAUACGUCAGCACCUUGAGUAGAAAUUAUAGUUUGUUCGCGUUUGGUAUCGAGAGAUUAUUUAAGAUAAGACUGAAAAAUAAUGUACGUAAUCGACUGUCCCGAAAGUAAAACACAGAUGCCUGCGAAAUAGCUAUAUUUUUCGCAAGUAUGCUUUAACUUCGACUGCGUUUAACAGUAUGUAAAUCGAGCACGUGUGGAUUAACCCUUUGAGUCCCGAUGUUUGACAUAUCGAUUUUAAAUAAUAGUAAAUAAUUAUAUAAUUGUUUCUUUUGAUGGAAAUUAAAUCUUAUGAUUGUUUCAUUAUAAAAUUUCAUAUAAAUGAUAAUAUGCACUAUAAAAAUAAAUUGUUUAACAAAUUUGGGACUCGAAGAGUUAAAAAUAACGUCUUACCUUAUUGACUUAAAUUUAUCACUGCUUACAAUUUAUUUACAAUCGUCAGACGGUCAAUUUCUUAAAUAUGAGCCGAGUGUUUCCAAAAUUCUGGCCGAAAGGCCAGUUUCAAUAGACACAAAGCAUUCGAGUGCAAUACGGAUGGAACCGUUGUUGUGUAAUUUUAGGUUUAAAGAAAUGGUGUUUCUCUAACAUGGUUUGGAAAUACGAAAAAUCUGUUAGGAAAAGUGUAUAAAAGUACAAAAAUAUUAUACUAAAAUAGGUUUUAUUUUUUUUUCUAAAUUUGGAAAAAAUUUACACUUUUGUUUCCGCGAAACCCGACAGUAUGCACUACUUUUUUUUAGUCUAGCGUGUUGGAAAAAACUCGGCGUCAAAUUUCAGUUGGGAAAACCUCGCAGUGUAGUAAAAGUGUGGCGCUAAAAUAAAUUUUUUAGUAAAAAAAAAAAA